GGGACUUCACCUCGGGGCUUUCCUCAGCGAACAGAACCGCUCUUAGUGGGCAAGGAACUCCUAGCCUCCCUCACGCCCACACAAUUCCGAAGCCAGGCUCCUUCCUGCUUCCGCGCCGUCCAGCCAGUGCGGAGUCCGGGACCAGGUCCGCCUCACAUACACGCGCGUCCAGUGUCCACCACGGAUCACGCAGGCUCCUGCCCUGCCCUGCCCACCCUCAGAGCUGCACGGCGGGCCUUGCAGUCAGACGCGGAGUCCAUCAUGGCCUCAUGGCCUGGGUGUCUUUGGCGCUGGCGGGGUCUGGGGCGGCGGGAGGAACUCACGAGCUUGUGUCUGUGGAAAACGUCUCCUGACGCUUUCUCGAACUCCUCUUAGACGAGUGACUGGUGCUGCGCGCGCACGCGCACAGACAAACCGUGCUCCGCCCACUGCGCCCAAGUGUCUUCGGGUUCCCGACGGGACCCGGUGGGCUGCCGUCUAUAUGCCUGACUACGACGAGGUGACCGCCUUCCUGGGCGAGUGGGGGCCCUUCCAGCGCCUCAUCUUCUUCCUGCUCAGCGCCAGCAUCAUCCCCAAUGGCUUUACUGGGUUGUCAGCCGUGUUCCUGACGGCGAUCCCGGAGCACCGUUGCCUGGUACCAGACACCGUGAAUCUGAGCAGCGCGUGGCGCAACCACAGUAUCCCGCUGGAGAAGAAGGACGGAAGACUGGUGCCCCAGAAAUGCCGCCGCUACCGACUGGCCACCAUCGCCAACUUCUCUGAACUGGGGCUGGAGCCGGAACGGGACGUGGACCUGGAGCAGCUGGAGCAAGAGAACUGCCUGGAUGGUUGGGAGUACGACAAGGACGUCUUCCUGUCCACAAUCGCAACACAGUGGGACCUGGUGUGUAAGGAUGACUGGAAAGCCCCACUCACCACCUCCUUCUUUUACGUGGGUGUGCUCUUAGGCUCCUUCAUUUCGGGACAGCUCUCAGACAGGUUUGGUCGCAAGAAUAUAUUGUUUUUGACAAUGGGCAUGCACACUGGAUUCAGUUUCAUACAAGUCUUCUCUGUGAACUUCGAGAUGUUUACUCUGCUCUUUACCCUUGUCGGAAUGGGACAUAUCUCCAACUACGUGGCAGCAUUUGUCCUGGGAACAGAAAUUCUUUCCAAGUCAGUUCGAAUUAUAUUCGCCACCUUAGGAAUUUGCAUAUUUUUUGCAUUUGGCUUCAUGGUGCUGCCUCUGUUUGCAUACUUCCUCAGAGACUGGAGGAAGCUGCAGCUGGCAAUAACUUUACCAGGAGUGCUGUGUGGGGCUCUCUGGUGGUUCAUCCCCGAGUCCCCCCGAUGGCUCGUCUCUCAAGGUCGAAUUAAAGAGGCAGAGAGGAUCAUCCGCAAAGCCGCCAAGUUCAAUAGAGUUGUUGCACCUUCCACUAUCUUCGAUCCAAGUGAGACCACUAGGUUACAAGAUGAAAGUUCCAAGAAGCCUCAGUCGCACCACAUUUACGAUCUGGUCCAAACACGGAAUAUCAGGAUCCUCACCAUCAUGUCCAUAAUCCUGUGGCUGACCAUAUCAGUGGGCUAUUUUGGACUUUCUCUUGACACUCCUAACUUGAAUGGGAACAUCUAUGUGAACUGCUUCCUGUUGGCGGCUGUUGAAGUCCCAGCCUACGUGUUGGCCUGGCUGUUGCUGCAGCACGUGACCCGGCGUUAUUCCAUGGCCGGUUCCCUCUUCCUGGGUGGCAGUGUGCUUCUCAUAGUUCAACUGGUGCCUUCAGACUUACAUUACGUAUCUACUGUCCUGUUGAUGGUGGGCAAGUUUGGAAUCACCUCUGCCUAUUCCAUGGUCUAUGUGUACACAGCUGAGCUCUACCCCACUGUGGUCAGAAACAUGGGUGUGGGGGUCAGCUCCACAGCAUCCCGCCUUGGCAGCAUCCUGUCUCCCUACUUUGUUUACCUUGGUGCCUAUGACCGCCGCCUGCCUUAUAUCCUCAUGGGAAGUCUGACCAUCCUGACAGCUAUCAUCACUUUGUUCUUCCCAGAGAGCUCUGGAGUUUCUCUCCCAGACACCAUUGACGAGAUGCAAAAGGUCAAAAGAAUUAAAGGAGUGCAAUCCCUAGCCAAGAAAGGGUCCUCACGAGUGUCUAAAGGAACCGUGCCCAAAACCUAAAGACUUAACACCUGGUCCAGAAGCUGAAAAAACUGAACUGAAAACUUGCAUAUUGUCAGAAAUGCUGUCAUUGACGGGUGCUUUCUGUUGUGUUGGCCUUGUGUCUAACAAGCAUUUGUUCUACAGAGUAACCUUCUUCCAGCCACCAAGGCUAACUACACUACAGCUUGCACAUCCAUCACAGUGGUGGACUUGAGCCUUCCAAAGAAAUAAAUGAGUCUCUUGAACAAGUGGGACUUGGAAGACCGUGGGAAACAUCUGCUAGACAUGCUUUGUUAUUUUAGAAUACCUGAUAAGGUCACAGAGAGAACAGCUGGUCUGUUUUUCCCUCCUUUCCCUAACAGAAGACCUUACAGGAAAAGGAAUAAAUGUGGCUCAGGGGCAGUGUGUUUGUCUAGGUUACACAGGGCCCUGGGUUUGAUCAAGUGCACCAAAAAGAAACAAAAAAAAAUCUUUUCAAAAAAUAAAUAAUUCCAUAGAUA